AUGGUGCUAGAAAGAUUUUCAAAAUCAACCUCGUACCUUCGUUUUCUUGGUCCCAAUUGCUUUCCGGGUCCUUGUCUCAAACUGUAUCCCUACACUCUCUCUCAAUGCACUGUCACCGACGGCGCCGCCCUCAGCUCCGAUAACAUCCCCGCCUUCUGGGCAGAUCCGCACUGGAUUUUGGCGUGGCACCAUAGAACGGUCGAGUAUCACAUCGCCCAAGUCGCCAAGCGCUUCUACUAUGCGACCAAGCCCGACGGUACGCCGGCGUGGCCUGAGGCUGUAGUCCCUGCCGUUAGCCCGAAAAAAGAAGCUGAAACCCACCGAGUUGCUGAUACCGCUCACUGGGAUCCGAAUUGCGAUUCCGAUUUGUUGUUGGAGCCAGUAAUUAAGAUCAAGAACGAGAUUUUAGCAAGGAAAUCUUAUAUGCAUGCGUCGCAAACUGGGACUCGGAGUCUGGAUUAUUUGGCUGUUCAUCCGGAUAAUCAGGGUAAGGGAGUUGGUACUGCAUUAAUCGAGAGCGGCAUAAGAGAAGCGGAAAAGAUGGGCUUAGACAUCUUCAUUCACGCCAUGAAAGCCGAAGUAGGAGUAUACAAACAACUUGGAUUUCGUAUCGAAAAGGAGUUUAUCCAGGAUGAUUCUACGUUCGGAGGCCAGGCGAAGAUGCCGUUUGUUUGAUGAUUCAUGAUCAGUGCCC